AUGGCGAGGGCCGAUCAGGAGUUGUUCUCCACCGAAAUCACGAACCGGGCCGUCGAGGGCUCGGGCCCUUACGCCGGUUCCGUGGACUUCUCCGUGAGGGUUAGGAGAGCACUGCCGGAUUUUCUCAGCUCCGUUGACUUGAAGUAUGUGAAACUGGGAUACCAUUACCUUAUCAGCAGCAGCGGCUUUUAUUAUGUAGCAGCUCCUGUUAUGUGUGGCAUUCUGGGCGUAGAGAUUGGAAAGGCGAUAGCAUGGAAGGAUCCGAGUCCCGAAAGUAGCUUGUUCGACAUGGUUUCGGUCGGGGUUCUGUUGGGACUAGUCUUAUAUGUAUAUCUCAGUCUCAUACCCCGUUCGACCUACCUGGUCGAUUUCGCUUGUUUUCGUCCCCCGGAUGAGUUCAAGAUAUCGAAAGAAGAAUUCAUAGAGCUCGCCAGAAAAUCAGGUAAGUACAGCGACGGAGCAAUCGUUUUUCAGGAGGGGGUUCUGAAGAGAUCAGGCAUUGGAGACGAGACAUACUUGCCAAGAGCGGUGUUUCGUCCUGAGCAUAAAAUAACACUCAAGGAUGGGCGAGAAGAGGCUUCCAUGGUGAUUUUUGGUGUCGUGAGUGAACUGCUCAAAGCUACCAAAGUGCGACUGCAGGACAUUGGUGUCCUUGUCGUGAAUUGUGGGUUCCUAAGUACAACUCCGUCGCUCUCCGCCAUGCUCAUCAACCAUUACAAGCUUGGGCAUGACAUCCACAGCUUUAACCUGGGUGGGAUGGGCUGUGCUGCAGGAGUCAUAGCGGUGGAUCUGGCUAGGGACCUUCUGGCUGCCCGUCCUGGCAGCUACGCACUUGUGGUCAGUACCGAAGCAGUGAGCUACACCUGGUACGACGGCAAUGACUUUGACAUGCUCCUUCCGAAUUGCUUCUUUCGGAUGGGUGCUGCUGCCAUCUUGCUUUCGAGCCGCCACCUCGACAGGUGGCGCUCCAAGUAUGAACUCAAGCAGCUUGUUCGUACUCAUAAAGGCGCGGAAGAAAGGAGCUUCGGGUGCACACAUAUGAAGGAAGAUGCCCAAGGUACCCGAGGACUUUCCGUGAGCAAGGACGUGAUUGGAAUAGGAGGGAACGCGCUCAAGGACAACAUCACUACCCUCGGCCCCCUCGUGCUCCCAGUUUCCGAACAGCUUCACUUCUUCAACAACUUCCUCUUCAAAAAGGAGACGUCCAAGCCUUAUCUUCCCAAUUAUAAGCUCGCCUUCGAGCAUGUCUGCAUCCUGGCGACCAGCAAGAAGGUCCUCGACGAGAUACAGAAGAACCUCGACCUCACCGAUGAAUACAUGGAAGCAUCGCGGAGGACGUUGGAGCGGUUCGGCAACACCUCGAGCAGCAGCGUUUGGUAUGAACUGGCUUACCUGGAAGCGACCUCCAGGAUAAGGAAAGGCGACCGGGUUUGGCAGAUAGCCUUUGGCUCUGGAUUCAAGUGUAAUAGCGUUGUUUGGAAGGCUCUCAAGAGCAUGAGGCAGCACCCCCAUAACCCUUGGAUUGACCCUCUUUGUGCAGAGGCUCAAAUCUAAACAGUGGGAUUAACAAUAAGACGCCUCCGAAGAUACACAUAA